AUGGCUUCGGGGAGACCACGGCCUUACAAAAUACCACCGCUGGGAGAAGCUGAACUAUCCAAGGUGCCAAGCCUGGGCCUCAAAAAGUGCCAUGGUUUUAGGAGUGGCGUCCUGCUCACUGGGCGAGAUCACGCCGUGAUCGAGCAGUGGAUCACAAACGGUGUUAUGAGUCGCGAGAUGGAACCCUGCAGAGUCGGCACGAUAACCUUUACGGGGGCCGGCCGAGUGCCAAUCGAUUUCGGGUCGCGGGAUUACAGGCCCCACCCCCUCCCCUGA